AAGGUCCCAAACUCCUCCCCCCCCCCCCGUACUUCCGUGUUUGCGUCUGUCCUGCGUGUCCUGCUUCUCCUGCAGGCUCAAGAGUGUCUUGUGGUUGCUAAUUUGAGAUAAAUAAUCAUGUCUCUGGAGGUGGAAUCCGCUGACGUGAUCCGUCUGAUUAUGCAGUACUUAAAAGAAAAUAAUCUGCAGCGGACUCUAGUCACCCUGCAGGAGGAGACCACCGUGUCCCUGAACACUGUGGAUAGUAUAGAGAGCUUUGUGGCGGACAUAAACAGCGGCCACUGGGACACUGUCCUGCAAGCCAUCCAGUCCCUCAAGCUGCCAGAUAAGACCCUGAUAGACCUUUAUGAACAGGUGGUGUUAGAGCUGAUCGAGUUGAGAGAGUUGGGUGCAGCCCGUUCCCUCCUCAGGCAGACUGACCCCAUGAUCAUGCUGAAACAGACCCAGCCAGAGAGAUACAUCCACCUGGAGAACCUGUUGGCUCGCUCUUACUUUGAUCCCAGAGAGGCGUACCCAGAUGGCAGCAGUAAGGAAAAACGCAGAGCGGCCAUCGCCCAGGCCCUGGCAGGGGAGGUCAGCGUAGUGCCGCCCUCUCGUCUCAUGGCUCUGCUGGGACAGUCUCUGAAGUGGCAGCAGCAUCAGGGCCUCCUGCCUCCUGGCAUGACUAUCGAUUUGUUCAGGGGUAAAGCUGCUGUUAAAGAUGUUGAGGAGGAGCGCUUCCCCACCCAGCUCAGCAGACAGAUCAAGUUCGGACAGAAAUCUCAUGUGGAGUGUUCAAGAUUCUCACCUGACGGUCAGUAUUUGGUUACUGGCUCUGUUGACGGCUUCAUCGAGGUCUGGAACUUCACCACCGGCAAAAUCCGAAAGGAUCUGAAGUACCAGGCUCAGGAUAACCUCAUGAUGAUGGACGAUGCUGUGUUGUGUAUGGGCUUCAGUCGGGACACAGAGAUGUUGGCCACUGGAGCCCAGGAUGGGAAGAUCAAGGUGUGGAAGAUCCAGAGCGGUCAGUGUCUGAGGAGGUUUGAGCGCGCCCACAGUAAAGGAGUAACAUGCGUCAGUUUCUGUAAAGACAGCAGCCAGAUCCUCAGUGCCUCCUUCGACCAGAUAAUCAGAAUCCAUGGACUGAAGUCAGGUAAAACUCUUAAGGAAUUCCGCGGCCACACCUCAUUUGUGAACGAGGCCACCUUCACUCCAGACGGCCACCACAUCAUCAGCGCUUCCUCGGACGGCACAGUCAAGAUGUGGAACAUAAAGACCACCGAGUGCUCCAACACCUUCAAGCCUCUGGGCACGUCAGCCGGCACCGACAUCACAGUCAACAACGUCAUCCAGCUGCCCAAGAACCCGGAGCAUUUUGUAGUGUGUAACCGCUCCAACACGGUGGUCAUCAUGAACAUGCAGGGACAGAUCGUGAGGAGCUUCAGCUCCGGUAAGAGGGAAGGAGGUGACUUUGUGUGCUGCACCCUGUCGCCCCGCGGCGAGUGGAUCUACUGCGUGGGUGAAGACUUUGUGCUCUACUGCUUCAGCACAGUCACCGGCAAGCUGGAGAGAACGCUGACGGUACACGAGAAGGACGUGAUCGGCAUCGCCCACCACCCCCAUCAGAACCUCAUCGCCUCCUACAGUGAGGAUGGUCUGCUGAAGCUCUGGAAGCCUUGAGGCGUUUGAUUCCAAACUGAGACUGGACGUUUGUUAUACAGCAGCUGCUCGCCUCGCUCUGGACACUUCUCUGCCCGUUCUCUUUGGUCUUUGUCUUUUUACAGCACUCGGUGAAUCCUUAUAUUUCACUUCACUGUGAACUUGAGGUUGACGAUCUCAAUGACAACAUAGGUUUCACAUAUUUAGCUG